AUGUAUAUGCCCGGAGAGCCUAUCGCCAUCAUUGGCACGGGCUGCCGCUUUCCAGGCAAUGCGAACAAGCCAGCUGCCCUCUGGGAUAUCUUGACGAACCCUCGCGAUCUAUCACAAUCUCUUUCGAGCCGUUUCAAUACGAGGGGUUGGCACCACGAGAAUGGAAAAUACCACGGGCACUGCAAUGUCGACCGAUCCUACCUUCUUUCAGGAGAGACUACCCAUCGCAAAUUCGACGCCCAGUUCUUCGGAAUAAGUGCGGUAGAGGCCAAUAGCUUAGACCCGCAGAUGCGUUUACUGUUGGAGACUGUUUAUGAAGCACUCGAGGCUGCCGGUAUACCAGUGGAAAGUCUCCGAGGAUCUGAUACUGCGGUGUACUCAGGAAUGAUGACAAACAGUUAUAAGACCUCCAUGGAACGUGACCUGGACAACAUCGGAACAUAUCAUGUUAGUGAGACCUCUAGGACCAUUGAUACCGCAUGCAGCUCCAGCAUGAUCGCGGUCCACCAAGCCGUUCAGCAGUUGCGGACAGGCCAGUCACACGUUGCCAUCGCUGCAGGCUCCAACCUUCUUCUUGACCCUUCUGACUAUGUCUCCAUGUCCAAACUCGAAAUGCUGUCCUAUGAGAGCCGUUCCCGUAUGUGGGACAAGAGUGCAAAUGGAUACGCUAGGGGAGAGGGAGUCGCAGUGGUUGUCCUCAAAACUCUGAGUGCAGCUGAAGCAGAUGGAGACAACAUCGAGUGUGUCAUUCGAGAGACCGCUACGAAUCAAGAUGGCAGAACAUCAGGAAUCACGAUGCCGAGCGCUGCAGCGCAAACAAAGCUCAUACGAGACUGCUAUGCACGUGCUGGAUUAGACCCAGCCAAUCCGGCUCACCGACCCCAAUACUUUGAGGCCCAUGGUACCGGAACGCCAGCAGGAGACCCGGUCGAGGCCGAGGCAAUCAAGAAUGCCUUCUUCCACGAUGACGGUGUCGGAAGAGGGCUGUCAGGCCAUCUCCUUGUCGGAAGUAUCAAGACCAUAAUCGGGCACUCUGAGAGUGUUGCUGGUUUGGCGGGACUGAUCAAGACCUCGUUAGCAUUGCAAGAGUCGAGCAUUCCGCCAAACUUGUUAUUCAAUGAAAUCAACCCUAGGAUCGCCCAGCACUGCAAGAAUUUACGUGUUCCAAUUUCUGUCACCCCAUGGCCAGCUGUAGCAGAUGGCUCACCACGUAGAGCUUGCGUGAACAGGUCGAGGCUAGCCUUUGGAGUUUCAUUCUUUGCAACAAGCGUCCAAGAACUUUGCGAGAAGCUCGAUUCCAGAGUUGCUGCCAGCACCAAUGAGCAACUAGUUGGCACACGAACCUUGACCCAGCUAUCACGAGAUCGACACCGCAAGCCCCGGGUUCUCGGUAUUUUUACCGGGCAAGGAGCCCAGAGCUCACGCAUGGGAGCUGCUCUCAUCGAAAGGUCUGUAGCCUGUCGGCAGAUUAUCGACAAGUUGGAGACGCGCUUGGCUGAGCUCCCUAAAGCAGACCGCCCAUCCUGGUCGCUGAAACAAGAGCUUCUCAGGGAAAACAAUAUUGAUUUGGGCUCAGCAGCCUUAUCUCAACCAUUAAGCACAGCCUUGCAAAUCCUACAAAUCGACCUCCUAAAAGCGGCACGUGUUGAUUUCUCCGCAGUUGUUGGUCACUCGUCCGGCGAAAUCGCCGCCGCCUACGCUGCUGGCAUGAUAUCUGCCGAAGACGCUAUUUGCAUUUCUUAUUACCGAGGACUAUUUGCUGAGUUUGCCACUGGGCGCUCAGGCGAGGGUGGAGCCAUGCUCGCCGUGGGCACCUCUUUACUCGACGCACAGGAGCUAUGCAACGACGACGACUUUCAAGACCGCGUAGUGGUAGCAGCUGUGAAUUCUUCGAGCAGCAUAACUCUGUCUGGAGACAAGGAUGCUAUCGAGGACAUGAAGGUCAUUCUAGAAGAUGAAGGUAAAUUUGUUCGGAGACUGAAGGUCGACAAGGCAUACCACUCCCAUCACAUGUCUGCCUGCUCCGUCAAAUACCUCACAGCUCUGGAGCAACUCAAUGUCACUGUUUGCAAGCCUACAAUUCCAUGGUUCUCUAGCGUCAAUGACGGAGCAUCUAUGGGUCAAGAAGAUCUCACCCCUCUGAAAGUCAAGUACUGGAAUGACAACAUGGUACAACCAGUCGUAUAUAUGCGGGCCAUUGAGGCGGCGUGGGAAUCUAUGGGCCCAUUCGACAUGGCCAUCGAACUAGGGCCUCAUCCCGCCCUUCAGGCCCCAUCUUUGCAAAACAUCCAAGAACUUUCGGCUGGAUCACAGGACUUCCCAUAUACAGGCAUUCAUACCAGAGGAAAAGAUGCUGUCGAAAGCUUUGCCACAGCUCUUGGGCUGAUUUGGACCCACCUGGGUACCGUGGAUUUGGCAAGCUAUGACAGGUUCUUAACAAAUAUUCCCAGCCACGAAUUGACCACGGGACUUCCACCAUAUUGCUGGGACCACGAUAAGGAAUACUGGCACGAAUCUAGGUACACGAGAGCAAUUCGCACCAGAUCUGAGCCAUGGCACGAGCUUCUGGGCCACCUCACUCCCGAUAGCACUGGUCAGGAUAUGCGAUGGCGAAACAUCCUGUGUCCUAAUGAGUUACCGUGGUUGAAAGAUCAUGCGCUCCAGCAACAAGCGGUCUUCCCAGCCGCUGGAUACGUUGUUGCUGCAGUCGAGGCCGCGGCAGAGAUGGCUCGGGCGCGGGACCUGUCGGUAUCCCUUGUUGAAGUCCUGGACCUUGAUAUUGGAAAGGCCAUUGCCUUCGACUCGGAUGAGUCGCGUUUCGAGACUAUCAGCUCCCUAAGUGAUAUCCAACAUCACGGUGAUAGAGUCGAGGCAGUCUUCAACUUCAACGCUGCCUCUGCAUUCCAGGAAAGUGCACUCACACUUCACGCCUGUGGGCGCGUACGAGUCGAAAUUGGUCAAGGCAGCCUUGAAGUCCUCCCCAAGAGAAGCCAAACUGAGCCUAAUCUGUCGAGGGUUGACUCGGAAGAGUUCUACGCCUCGCUUCUGAGACUUGAUUACCAGUACAACGGUUCUUUCCGUGCACUCCACGGUCUUCAGAGGAGGCUAGGGUGUGCGACCGGAUAUAUCACCAAAGAGCCGUCACGCCUACUUAUCGAUCCUGCCAUGCUCGACGCAGCCUUUCAAUCACUUCUUUUGGCCCACUCCGCCCCAAACAGCGGUGGGAUCUGGGCUCUACAUGUUCCCAGGUCAGUUCGGGCCAUCCGCAUCAAUCCACUUCUCUGCACCGCAGCCCAUGGGGACAGCAGUCCAGCCGCGUUUGAUUGUGUCCAGCCAGAGGGCAUGUCCUCACUGGAGGGUGAUAUUGAUGUUUUUUCCACUUCGAGUGGCGUCGACCACGCCAUGAUCCAAAUAGAGCGUCUCAAAUGCGUCCCGUUCGCUCGGCCAACUGCACAGGACGACAAAGCGAUGUUCACAACCACGCUAUGGGAUGUGGCACUGCCGGAUGCAGUGAAGGUGGCAUACGACGGAGAGCCCUCGUCACAGCAGGUUGAGCUUGCUCGUCUCCUAGAACGUAUGGCUGUGUUUUACUUGAGAAAGCUGGACUGUGGGGUUCCUCAGAGCCAUGACGCCAGGAAGACAGGGCCCUACGUAUACUACUUCAAAUUCGCAUCCGAAGUACUGUCACUUGCAACCCGGGGAAAGCUACCGCUGUGGUCUUCGGAAUGGACCGGAGAUUCGUGGGAUGAUUUUAAUGCAGCUUACCAGCCGCAUUUGAAUGUGCCGGAUGUCAAGCUGCUGAAAGCUAUUGGAGACAACAUUAUUGAAAUAGCGACAGGGAAGAUACAGGCAAUCGAGGUGGGCAUGCAAGACUCCAUGCUGACCAAGAUUUACGAAUCUGGUCUUGGCUUCAAAGAGCACACAAGAUACCUGGCUCGCAUUGUCAAGCAGAUUGUCCACCGUUAUCCCCACAUGAACAUCCUUGAGGUAGGAGCAGGGACUGGUGGCGCGACAAAGGAAAUUAUUCGUGAGGCUGGGCCAAAGUUUGCCUCAUAUACAUACACCGAUAUCUCCUCUGGCUUCUUCGAGGUCGCGCAGCAGAUAUUUACACCUCAUCUUCCUAAGAUGAAAUUUCAGGUGUUGGACAUCAGCAGAGACAUCAGACAGCAGGGCACGUCUGAGCACUCUUACGACCUCAUAAUUGCUUCUGCGGUCCUCCACGCAACCCCAACACUCCGUGAUACUCUAGAAAACGUGCGACAGCUUCUCAGGCCCGGGGGCUACCUUGUUGUUGCUGAGCUUCACACAGAUCACCUUGCGAGAAUAGGUGCUAUUUUCGGUGCCUUACCUGGCUGGUGGCUAGGUGUAAAUGAGGGUCGCACGAGCUCCCCAUGCAUCAGCAUACAGGAGUGGGAUCAUCUUCUACGCACUACCGGAUUUUCAGGUUGUGACACGGUCACCCCGGUCCGCAAUGGUUGCGUGAUGCCCUUGAGUGUUUUCGUGUCACAAGCUGUCGACCCUCGAGUGGACUUCAUACGUCGGCCUCUCUCUUCUAGUUUGCCGCUCUUCACGGAUACAACCACGUCGGCUAGGCAAGAGCUCGUCCUCCUCGGCGGAUGCAGUCCACAGACAUCGAGACUGAUACCUCAGCUCAUGACCCUCCUCAGUCCUCCAUGGAGGGGCAAGGCAAUUGUCGUCCACUCAAUUCAUGACAUCCAAUCCGUGUCUAUUACCUCUUGUACAACUGUCCUGAGUCUUCUGGACUUAGACGAGCCUGUCCUUGCAAAUCCGAGCAAGAGUACUUGGGAAGCCCUAAAAUGGCUGCUGCAGGAAGCUGAUACGAUUCUAUGGGCGUCAACCGGUCGUCGAGCCCAAAAGCCUCACGCGAAUAUGAUGGUCGGUCUGCUUCGAGCUGCAAGGCUUGAGCACCCUGGUCUCGCUGUUCAGUGCUUUGACAGCGAGUCCGAGCAUGGUGUUGCAGCGGAAGAGCUUGCCGAGGCCCUUCUUCGUCUGAAGGCCACUAUAGGCUGGCAGCGCCAAGGGCAGUCUGACAGUCUUCUUGCGAGCAUCGAGCCCGAAAUUGUUCGCGGCCAGGACGGGACUACAAUUAUCCCGCGCGUGGUAGAGAGCUCAAAUAUGAACGACAGGUACAACUCAUCCCGUCGCCAGAUACUCUCCGAUGCGCGCGGCAUUGCAUCCACUGGCAACCUGGAAAUAGUUGGAUCACAUUUACAACAUACGCUAGACCCAGCUGGCGAUGGCAGGUCGACUGUGCAUGUCACUCACUCACUGAAGACCAUUGUCCGAGUCUCUGCAUCCAGCUACGCAAAGUUGAUCCUGGGGCUGGAUUCUGAAACCGAUGCACAGGUUGUGGCUCUUGCGGGUCAAGAGAGUCUGAAAGUUGUGCCAUACACACAGGUCGCCUUGCCGCAGCGGCUCCAAAGUGGACAGGAAUCUGCAUUUUUGGCUCUGCUUGCGCACCACAUGGUUGCAGAUAUGUUCCUUGCAGGUCUGGCUCCGGGCUCAAUAGCAAUAGUCCAUGACUCUGGCAUGGAAUUUGCUACCGUUGUAACGCAGAAGUCGAAAGAACGUGGCUUAAAGAUCGUGUUCACCACUACAUCUACUUCCGAGACAGUCAGUCCCGGCUGGAUUGCGAUCCAUCCCAAAGCACCGGAUCGCACACUACGUCGCCUCCUGCCCACAAACGUUACAGCACUGUUGGAUUUCAACGGAGCUGUUGAGAUGGGAGAAUUCGGGUGCCGUCUUCGAACGCAACUGCCCAGAAACUGUCGCUAUGACACAAUUGACUCGUACAUGUUCCAGGACGGAGCCUGGAAGCCGCAACAUACGCUGGAGUCCGAUGCCCAUGCUCGCUUGAGCGACUGUGUCGCCCGCGCUCUGGCAAGGUCGCCAGUUCUCAAACUCUUAGAUUCUACAUCAGACAUAUCUGGCCCGCAUCAGGGAAGUCAGAUCGCAGAUCAAGUCGUCGAUUGGAUCCAACUCAUCUCCAACACCCCUAUCAGGGCAUGUCCUGCUGAAUCGCAGAUGCGAUUCUCUGACCGCAAGACAUACUGGUUGGCCGGGCUGAGCGGAGGGCUAGGCCUACUGCUUUGUGAGUGGAUGGUUCGUCAUGGAGCGAAAUACGUCGUCAUCUCCAGUCGGGCACCUCGCGUGGAGCAGGCCUGGUUGGAGAGAAUGCAUGCUGCCGGGGCAGAGGUCAAGAUUCACCCCUGGUUCAAAGCAGAAGUGGAAAGCGUCUACUACAAGAUAAGGACAUCGCUUCCGAUCAUUGCUGGUGUCUGCCAGGGUGCGAUCACGAGGCCCAAGGUUGAGGGCAGCAUGCUUCUGGAUGAAAUUUUCCAGCCUCCGACUCCAGAGCUGGAAUUUUUUGUCUUCUUUUCAUCAGUGGGCUCGAUAUCAGGGCGACCCGGCCAGUCGAACUACGCAGCAGCCAAUCUAUUCAUGACUGCAGUGGCUGAGCGGCGGAAACGACGUGGCCAAGCUGCUUCGGUUAUGCACAUUGGGCCCAUAUUUGGUGUGGGCUACAUGAAUCAACAAGGCUUGGAUGCGGAUUGGAAUGCAUCUAGGAACUUGAAGUCUAUGUUUCCUAUUUCCGAGCGCGACUUUCUCGAACACUUCGCCGAAGCCGUUAUCUCAGGGCGCUCAGGCUCAAAGUCAGGCAGUCUGGAGACGAUCAGUGGACUGGCGAAGCUUGAGCCGACGCAGGAUAUCGACCCCUUGUUGAGCCACUAUACCAAGGACCAGCUCGCCGUCUCUAUUGAUUCGUCGUCGAAAGAUAAAUCAAAGGUGCCGCUCAAGACACAACUUGCCAACGCACAAGGUCAUGCCCAAGUAAUGCGUAUCAUCGGCGACGCAUUCCUUCAGAAGCUGAGCGUCCUAUUCCAGACGGAGCUUUCGAAGCUCGAGAAAGCUGACGCGAAGACUUUGCGCCUGGAUGAAAUGGGUAUCGACUCACUUCUGGCUGUGGAGAUCCGCGGCUGGUUCGUCCAGGCACUUCAAGUAAAUAUACCAGUGCUCAAGAUUCUCAGCGGGGCUUCAGUGGCAGACCUGAUUGAUUUGGCUGUUGAGACUAUUCCUCAGGAACUUGUCCCCAAUCUCAAUCACGUUGAGUCAGACAAUGCCAGUACUUCGGAGCCGACCCAACAACAGACACGAACUGGAUCAGACCCGCCAUCGCAAGAGCCGUCCGACCUGACCGCUACCAAUUCUCAACGUAGGCUUCUGGUUCAGGCUGACCCAGUCUUGGCUACAGAAUCGCACGAAACUUUGGGGACAGACUUGCCAAAAGCUAAUUCCUCCAGUAUAGAGUCGUAUCCAAAUACACCGCGUCGGGGUCAUCAAGCGGAGGGAAUGGCCACCAUGGACAGUUCUGGUUCUCUGUCUUCCUCAGAUGGUGACAGUCUAGACUUUGUGUCUCUUCUCAGUGCAUCCAGCACAAGCCCUCCGCGGAAUGGUGGACAUACUCAAAGCUCUUCCUGGCCUGCCACACCACAACUUCCGUUGAGUGAGAAGGAUGGAAGUUCUGUUUCAAAUUUCCAGCCAGAGGACGAGAAAGCCCUGGCGUUAUCAUUCAGUCAGAGUCUGUUCUGGUUCUCUUCCGAAUUCUCCAAGGACCCAAGAAAUCUCAACUUGACCGCAACCUUUCGCCUAACCGGGGACCUCAACCUCGACCGCUUAGAAACAGCUGUACUUGCUUUGGGACAGCAACAUGAAUCCCUGAGGACCCGUUUCGUCAUGAAGGACGGGCGGCCUGUACAAAGUAUCAUGAGGACGCCUGCACUGCGUCUUGAGCGCUGGCCAGUUUCAUCCUUGGAAGUCCUUGAAGCCUACGCCAACGAAGUUCACAGUCACGUGUAUGAUCUUGAGCAUGGUCGUACAGUUCGUCUUGCACUGGCAUCCCUGUCUUCAACACAGCACUUUUUCAUAAUUGGAGUGCAUCAUUUGGCCAUGGACGGCCAAUCAUUCUUCCCCUUAAUGAAGGACCUUCUGAUACACUAUACGAAUGAUUCUUACGGGCCACUUUUCACAAACCAAUACGCAGAUUUCAGCCAGUCACAGCACGAGGAUCUUGCUUCCGGUCGAUUUGAAGAGGACCUUGCUUUCUGGAAGGCCGAGCUCGGAAGUAUGCCGCCUGCCCUCCCGCUUCUUCGGACGGUUACUCCCUUUCAUUUCUACCUUGCCGUAUUCAGGGUACUUCUGUUCAGGUACACCGGUUCCAAACACUUUUCUGUAGGCGUCGGAGAUGCCAACAGAACGGAGGAAAGUCUCAUGGGCAGUAUUGGAGACUUCCUCAACAUGCUGCCGCUGGUUUUCAAAACGAAUGGCUCUCUUGGCUUCGAGGAUGUGCUGCAGGAAACUCGGACCAAGACGCAUGAAGCCCUCGCACAUUCACGGCUCCCGUUCCAAGUCCUUCUGAAUGAGCUUGGUGUCGAGCGAUCCUCCUCCACCACACCCAUAUUUCAGGCCUUCAUCGACUACCGCCUCGCUCCUGGGGAAAGUAUGACUUGGGGGAACUGUCUUCUCGAGCUCAUGUCCUUCAAACUAUCCAAGAUGGCGUAUGACGUUGCUGUGGAUAUUGUUGACAACGCCAACGGGGACUGCAGCCUUACUUUUGUUUUCCGCGACGACUUGUACAGCCAGGCAGACGCGGAGAAAUUUGCGAACAGCUAUUUGUCCCUCGCGAAAGAUCUCGCCGGCCAACCAAAUACCAUGGUUGGCAGUGCCAAAGUAUUCGAUGACAUCGAAAUCAAGGAGGCUUUGGGCCUUGGCAGAGGCAAGACUUUCUUUUUCCUAAGCUUCCUGAAGUCGAGCAACUCGCUCACGAUGGGAUGUCCGGAGAAGAUUGCCAUAAUUACCGGCGAUGGCCGCAAAGUUACCUAUGGUGAAAUGCAACACGGGGCUGAGGCAAUAGCGAGCAAGCUACAAGCGGCAGGAAUCACGACUGCUUCCAGAGUCGCAGUGCUUCAGGAGCCCACACCCGAAUGGAUAUUUUCCAUCCUCGCCGUCAUGAGGAUCGGCGCUGUAUACCUUCCCCUUGAUGUUGGCACGACCUGGGGACGUUUAGCAGCCAUGGUGAGGGACUGCCAGCCUGAGGCGGUCCUAGUAGACGAGCAUACCAAGGACAACGUACAUAGGCUGGAGUGUCCCCAUAUCCAAGCGCUAGACGUGUCUACGAUGAAGUCCUGCUCGGAGCCGUUGACCUCUUCGGUCUCCGCCACGGCGGACGCUAUAUCGACAAUUCUCUACACCAGCGGCUCGUCGGGGACUCCAAAGGGGAUCUUGCUCACCCACAAGGGCAUCAGAUCGUGGCUUGAGCCCUGCAAGAUGCUGUACGGCCUGCGGCCGAGUGGGGAGGUGGUCCUCCAACAGAGCUCGCAGGGUUUCGACAUGUCUCUGAUGCAAAUUUUCACGGCGUUGUGUUUCGGUGGCAGCCUGUGUAUACUACCGCGGAGGUUCCGAGGCGACGCCCGCGCAAUUUCGGAGAUGAUAACUCGCUACAGCGUCACGCACACGUACGGCACGCCAUCUGAGUACCUUAGCUGGCUCAGGUAUGGAGAUUCAGGGGCCCUCAGGGCAUCGUCCUGGAAGACGGCGCUGGUUGGGGGAGAACGGCUUACACACCCGGUGGUCAAGGCGUUUGCUACACUAGGGAAGCAUGAUCUCCGAUUUCACCACAUGUAUGGCACGACCGAGUCUACAUUCUGCGCGGCCGUAACUGAGUUGGAUUAUGCCACUGAGGCCCCCAGCAACAGCACCUCAGACGGCGCUCAGCCAAGCUACCCAGCCGGUGCUGCGCUUCCAAACUACAACAUCUAUAUCCUGGAUGAGCAAAGACAGCCCGUACCUGUUGGCCUGCAAGGAGAAGUAUACAUCGGAGGAGCCGGGGUUUCUCUCGGAUACCUGAACAACGCUGGGUUGACAGCGGAGACAUUCGUGCCGGACCCUUUCGCGAGUCCGGAUGACCUCGCUCGAGGAUGGACCGUGAUGCAAAGAACCGGCGAUCUGGGCCGGUGGUCACAGACAGAGCCUGGCAGCCUGCUCAUAGAGGGCCGGAUCUCGGAUGACACCAUGGUCAAGCUGCGGGGACUGCGCGUAGACCUCCAGGAGGUCGAGCACGCCAUUGUUCGCGCUGGCGGAGGCGUGUUGAGCGAGGCCGUGGUCUCGGUGCGCCGGGACUCGCUCGAGUCACCCGAGUUCUUGAUCGCUCACGUCGUCUUCGAGAAAACCUCGGUCCAGGCCUCGGGGUCCCACGACGACUUUUCACGGAAACUUCGUUCCCAGCUCGAUCUCCCGCUCUACAUGCGGCCUGCCUUCAUAGUUCCCCUAGAGAAACUCCCCACAAUGGCCUCUGGGAAGCUUGACCGCAAGGCUGUCAGUUUGUUGUCACUUCCGGGGCGCGAAACGGUGGCAAAGGACAUCGUGUGGACGACCACUGAGGAAAGACUCAAGACCGUUUGGGAAGAACUUCUUUCCCAUGAGCUGGUGACCACACUGAACAUCACCCCAGACACUGAUUUCUUCCACAUCGGCGGCAGUUCGUUGUUACUUCUCGAGCUACGCGACAAGAUCAAAAGUGAGUUUGGAGUCGACCUUACAUUGCUGAAUCUCUUCGAGUCUAGUCUGUUGUCAAGCAUGGCGCAACGUAUUCGGGGCGAAUGCGACACGCAACAGGCCAUUGACUGGGAUGAGGAGACCAAGCUGCGACCUUGCAUGAAAGACGUGGAUUCCGGGAUGCUUCAACACGUCACUGAAUCCGCUUCAAAGGUGGUCGUCCUCACUGGAGGAUCAGGCUAUCUCGGCAAGGCUUUGAUCGAUGCCAUGAUCCGAGAUCCAACGCCUCUCAUUGGGCUGUCGAGGUCUGUCAUCGAGCGUCUCUUCAGCCGUGCCCAUCUCAUCAUUCACAACGGCUCCGACAUCUCGUACAUGAAGACAUAUCACUCGAUACGGCAGUCGAACUUCCUGACCACCAAGGACCUUAUUGAGUGGAGCAUGCCGAGGAUGAUCCCGUUCCAUUACGUCUCCAGUGCCGGAAUUGGGAAUUUCUCACCCGGGGUGCCACUCACGGAGACCUCCAUGGCGUCCGUGAAGCCACCCACAGAUGGCUCCAUGGGCUACACUGCCUGUAAGUGGGCGAGCGAGGUCUUUCUCGAGAAGCUUGUCAAGGUGAACCCCCACUGGCCCAUCUGUGUGCACCGACCCACGCUCAUCAGCCGCGACGACAUCCCCCAGCUUGACGGAAUGCACAACAUCCUGUGGUACGCCAGGGAGCUCGGGGCCAUUCCCAAGUCGGAAGGCCUGGCCCGCGGCGUGGUGAACGUAGUCGGGCUGGACACUGUAGUCGCAGGUGUUUUGGAUUGUGCACUACGGGGCCACGCCGACAGCCAGCCUGGCCGUGUACAUUUUGCCAACCACGCGGGCCCGCUCGACCUGCCGCUGGGUGACACGCGCAGAUGGGCCCUGGAGCGGACGGCUGACGGCUAUGUCGAUUUCUCGGGUACGACACUGGAAGAGAUCCCGCUGCACGAAUGGGUUCGCAAGGCUAGCGAGCUAGGCAUGCACCCGAUCAUGAGCGAGUUGCUUUCCACUUUCGGCCGUGACGGAGAAGUCGAGUUCCCCACGAUCGGGAGGAAGUCAGGUAGCCUGACUCACGCACUUGAUUCCGACGGUCCGGACAGGGUGGCUGAAGUGGUGUGCGAGCGUUGA